AUGGCACGCGAAUUGAGAUCUAGAAAGGUCCCCUCCGACCCCAAGAUUGGCGAGGUCAAGGCCUCACCCGUGCGGCGGGCGGACAAGCGAAAGGCCACAUCGGAAAACGAGUCCUCCCCCAUUCCUAAGAAACUGCAGAAGGGUGCCGGAAAGGCCGUGGUGAAGAAGGACGCAAAGGCUACCGAGAAGGCCGUCGAGAAGGAGGACAAGGUGGAGGACAAGGAGGAGGACGAGAAGGACCGAGCCGAGGCUGGAUCCGAGUCCGAGUCGGGGCAAGAGGAGGAGGCCGAGGCCCUGGCAGCAGAGCUCGACCCGGAGGAGGAGGAGGAUGCGCCCGACGACGCGGCCGUGUACAGGACCGGCCAGCCCGUGGGCACCAUCCCCGACGUGUCGCAGGCGGUCGAGAAGGCGGCCAGGUCGUCUGGGGCCGCCGGCGGCAAGAAGGGUGAGCCUGGCGUCAUCUACAUCGGCCGCAUCCCCCACGGCUUCUACGAGCACGAGAUGAGGCAGUACUUCUCGCAGUUCGGCCCCAUCAGCCGGCUCAGGCUUUCGCGCAACAAGAAGACGGGCGCGAGCAAGCACUUUGCCUUUAUCGAGUUCGCCGAGGCCACCACCGCCGACAUCGUCGCCAAGACCAUGAACAACUACCUCCUCUUCGGCCACAUCCUCAAGUGCCGCACCAUCCCUGCCGAGCAGGUCCACGACGACCUCUUCAAGGGCGCCAACAGGCGCUUCAAGAAGGUGCCCUGGAACAAGAUCGCCGGCAGGCAGCUCGAGAAGCCCCUGUCCGAGGCCGCGUGGGAGAAGAAGGUCGUCCGCGAGCAGACCAAGCGCUCCAAGAAGGUCGACAAGCUCAAGGCCAUGGGCUACGAGUUCGACGCUCCCGCCAUCAAGGACGUCCCGGCCCCGGCCCCGGCUCCGGCCCCGACCCCUCCCGCUCCCGUCGAGGCUGGGGAGGAUGAUGCCACCAGCAAGGCGGCCAUCGAGGAUGCCCCUCCCGCCGACAAGAAGCAGAAGCAAGACGAGAGGGGAGAGGCAGAGGUCGCAGAGGUCGCAGAGAAGCCCGAAGCCGAGUCGAUAUCCGCUCCCAAGACCAAGACCAAGGGCACAAGGGCGACCAGGUCAAGAAAGGCCAAGGCUUGA